AUGGAUUACCUCUUGCAGCACGAAAAUGACCAGUUUUCUAUAUAUGAUCACCACGUUCGGCUUCUUUGUGAACUGCAGAAGUUAUUUGUUGAUUUCGGAAAAAAGUAUCGAAAGACGGUAGCGAAUUAUAUCCCUAAAAAGAAAAGUGUCAGUACAUUUGACACAAAACUGACCUAUAAAUCCGUUCUUGCUGAUUCUGUGACCUCAUUCCUCGAUUUUGGAACGUCUUUCGAAAAUUAUGGCGCAGAAUUGCUGAAGUCUGUUAUUACGCCCCUGAAGUCAGAAUAUGAUCGUGAGCGGAAAGUGGCUGACAAAGUCAUCGCUGACUACGCAAGGCACAGCAACCAUCGAGAAAGGGAAAAGAAACGACUGGAAGAUACGUGGAGGGCUCACGUUAAUGCAUUAAAGGAAAAACAAAAAGCUGAGACUGUUAGCACACUUGCUCAGAGUGAUCCUAAUAUUUCCCAGGAAGAACGGCUAAAGGCACAAAGUAAUCUCUCGAUCAAGAACGACGCCUUCGUUGCCACCCAGCAGACGUACGCAGCGGAGAUGCGAGAGUUCAACGAUAAUCAACGACAUUACUUUACGCAUAGCCUUUGCACCCUAAUCGCAGAACUGGAGAUGCUAGACCGGCAGCGCUCAAAGAUGACUCAGGAACUGUUGUUGAAGUGCUCAGAUCUCAGUGAAAGUCUUUCCAAGCAACUAUCUGACUCGGCUCAGUCUCUACGGAAUACCGUUUCUCGUAUCGAUCCUGAGGCGGAUUGCAGGGCGGUGUUGGAGGCCAGGAAAACCGACUACCACUUCCCCGUCGAUCUGCCGUUUUUGAACCUCGCGCAGUGCACUCAAGCUACCCUUGAAAACCAGUCAGCGCUUGUCAACCUCAUGUUGGGCACUUCCAAUGGAUUUGCUGCGAAGGGGAAUGCUGAAAAGGUCUCUAAGGGUAUCCACAACCUUUUUGGAAAAUCCAAGACCCAGACCUCCGAUGGCAAUGUGCUGCAGACACCAUUCAUCGCCGGAAUCGGCUAUAAGCCUGUCAAGGAGACCGACAUGACUGUAAUCCAACUAAAUGAUCGCAUCAAAACACUCAAGGACAACUUGGACAAGGUUACUAGAGCCAUAACGGCCACACAGCGUUUGCUCGAUUCCUACGUGCAGAAUCCAAGCCUUGGCAACCAACGUGAGAGUGAGGAGACUAUUGCUAAACUGCAGCGCCAGACAUUCUCGCUCAGUGAACUCAUCAGCAAACUCGAGUCUCGUUACACCUCGAUGGGCGGUGACAAGGCCUUGGCUGACGCUCAAAGCUCCCUCGAAUGCACAAAUCCCUAUGCCAUUUCUAAUCCAACUGACAAGCCCCUUCGACCGACCUCCAUGCCAAAGCGUGACACUCUAUCCGAAUCAAGUGCAGAUGAAUUGGACUCGGAUGUGGAUGAUUCCGGUGUGUCGGCUUCACAGGGCUUCAGCUCGUACGUCGGACAAGCCACUCUGGAGUACGACUGUGAGGGUAGUGUGUUGCAGUUAUGUCCUGAGCUGGAGUCACCGCGUUGA